AUGAACUUCUCUACAGCCAGCAUUAAACGUUUCUAUUUAAUGACGAGGGAAUCUUCCAUCAUAAUGUCACUAACGUACAUGGGUGGCAAGAAGGCGGGGUAGGGGAUCUCGAUCCAUAAUUUCAUUGGCCAAUAAGAUUCCGUUGAGCGUCUGAAACAUGAUUUCAAUGGAGCGCAUCGUUACACCGCGCAACAGGGCGUCGAGCGAGGGGGCGUCCGUGCGCCACGUCGCUCAUUCCCAACGCUCGGCUUCCAUCUCGUCGAGGCACUGCUGUUGAGGCUGCGUUUCCCUCCAUGAAGGCGCCGUCACGAGUGGUGGAGUGUUCAGUGCCUAGUCGCCAAUCUCCCCCUGCCACGUCACUUUCAUCGUCGUACUGCAAGUAUUGCACAUCACCAUUAACGUCAACGACAUCACGAUGCGAAAGUGCACGUACCGUAGAAUUACAUCCAUCACACAUACACACAUAGGAAGGAUGUCAUGGCGGGGCGGCUCCUUUGCCGCCGGCCAAGCCACAAGGGAGCAUCGACCCGCCUUGUCACAAGGUUGCACAAGUGCCUUUCUACGACUUGUGCGGUAUGAUUGGUCAAAACUUUGGCAUCGAAGGAGUUAAUACGGAUGUUGGACCGAAUUAUCCGGAAUCGAAUUGCGAAUGCAUCAAACUUGCGCCGGCGCUACGUGUACCGACGAAGCGGGGAAGGACGACGUGUCAGGCUGGUAAUGGAUUAUGCAGAGAAUCUGCGUCGAUCGCCCGUGUUCCGCGGCUCCUUUGACCCAUCGACCUCUGACCAUGGAACCACCAUGCCCACUAGCAACCCAAGAGGAAGUCCCGUGGAGAGGCAUCUGCGUCCUGCGCGCCAUGACGUGCAUGAGUUCAAACUCGACCAUAUCCCGGCUCAAGCGGCAGCUACCUUUGACCGCUUCGAACCAGAUGAGACGACUACACCCGACACAGACAGCAUCCCCGUUCUGUGCGAGAAGCAGGUGACGAUCAUCGUGUUGCUGGCACGGGUAUGCACCGUUUACGACGCGACGCCCAAGACAUUUGUGGCCAACGUCCUGCGCCUCCAUCGUCUCGGCAUUAUCGACUCGAUCGCGUUCCUCGCCGACUUGGGUCUCCUUCCCACGUCUCCAUUGGCGGCAUCUUCGUCACCACGACACGACUUUCUCGAGCCAUGGGACGCCGACCCACGCGGCCUCCACCUCAUUCCGCAGACGCUCAACAUGUCCCGGUACGCGCGGGACUUUGACGAGCUGUGUCUUCUCGGCCGAGGGGGUUUUGGCCACGUGUUCAAAGCCCGCCACAAGCUCGACGGGCUGUGCUACGCCAUCAAACAAGUGCACUUUCUCAACAAGGGGUACCAAUCUCCCUUGGUUCAAAGCGUGCUUCGGGAAGUACAUUGCUUGGCGCGGUGCGACCACCCAAACGUGAACCGGUACUACGGCGCAUGGCUCGAACCGACGUGGAUCCCCAUGGGUCCAUCGGCGUCCGCGGCGGCGGCACCAGAUGCGCAUGUCCACAUGUCCAGUCAUGGCGUGUCGCUGUCGUCCAUCGAAGCCAAACGCGAGAAUCGCCACCUGAUUGAAGACAUCCGACGGUUUGUGGACCUCCAGAGCAACCCCUCCGACGACAGCCUGUCGUGGCGCUCCACCACGUCGCAGACGCGGUCCUUUGCCGAGUAUUCGGAAACGUCGUCGCUUGAAUUCGACCACAGCAACGUCGCGUCCCAGCAAAGCAAUUUUAGCGACUUGCCCAUGUACGACCCGAACGACCACCGCCAAUCAUGUGACAACGUGUCGACUUCUUCGUCACAGAGAAGCGCCCGUCGCAUGUCGUUGGACCAUCGUCACAUGCAGCUCAAGUUGGUGCCCCAACCCCCCCCUCCCAUGGGUGUGCAGCCCAAAGCCAACGGAUUCGACUGGGCGUUCCACUUGAAGCGCCACUGGAAUAUUUCCCAUCCAUCGCUCAAGCCAAAGCAUGCCCAUGGUGUUGGUCGUACGACCAAGAGGCAACUGCCGCGCCUCGGGAUGGACGGCGGCGGUGAUGGUGGCGGCGAUGGUGGCGGCGAUGGUGGCCUCCACACUUCAAGCGGCGGGCCUGCAUUCACGUACCAAGUGACGCUGUACAUCCAAAUGUUUCUCUGCGAACAAUCCACCUUGCAAGAUUGGAUCGACGAGCGCAACCGCCUCCAGCGCGCCGUGAACGUGCACGAAAAUGUGACACUGUUUCGCCAACUCGUUGACGGGUUGCUGCAUGUCCACGCCAACGGCAUCGUCCAUCGCGAUUUGAAGCCGAGCAACGUGUUUCUGGCGCGCGACGGGUCGUUGAAAAUCGGCGACUUUGGCUUGUCCAAGCUGCUCCUACUCGCGGACGACGGGAUCAUGAGGCGUCCACAUGACGAGCCGCAUCCUACGGAUAAACGCCCCACCUUUGCAGAAGAAGGAGCCGACGACGACGAUCCGCGGCAUACUCGGGGCAUCGGCACCAUGGCAUAUGCGAGUCCGGAACAGGUGGCCGGUCGCGACUACGAUGUCAAGGUGGACUCGUUCAGCUUGGGCAUUAUCUUGCUGGAGCUGUUUGCGCCGUUUCAAACGCGGAUGGAACGCGCCGACGCGUUGACCCGUACGUAACGAGAGGGAUAUGGAGACGACCUCUAUAAUUCUAUACACAACAGUCUACAUUUUUAUUCGUUUGUACAUACUUUAUAUCAUAUUGUGGCCUUUACCCAAUGUUUGGUUGACUUUGGGGCUGAUACUUUGCCACAAAUCGAUUGAUUGAUCGAUUCUUUGUACUGACUUUUGUAUGGAAAAAGGUCGUGGUGAUGGGUAUCAUCAAUCACACUGAUUGAAUUCAUACACUAAUUUGACGUUGAUCUGAUUAUCUAAAUAGUAGUUGUGCCGAUUAGUAUCCUUCUUUGGUUGUGUCGAAUAUUCCUUGUAUAUAUAUAUAAAUAUCGCACCAAUUUCGAAGAAAUACAACCCACAUAUGGUGUCGUCAUCGAUAGGAGUACGACGGCAUCCGUGCGAGUUGCCCGCGCACGUAACUGCGGUGUAUCCAGAGGUUGCCGUCAUGAUCAAGGGGCUCGUGGCCCCCAUCGCCGCCGACAGGUGGAGCAUGCACACGACCAGUGCGUACUUGACAGCCACGUUUCCAUUGAACACGGAUGAACGGCACGAAGAAGUGCACUCGCUACGCCAACAACUGGAGGCCAACCAGGCGCUAGUGGCCCACCAAGACGCCAUCAUCCAAGACCUAAGGCGGCAACUCGCGGCCGCAUCGCUUUAAACAAAGCACACUCGAAUUAGAAUAAUAUAGAAAUGAUUAUACAUGUCCAAGUGACUCGACG